AUGCAACCUCCCUACAGUGUACUGUCGACCACGAUUGUAGAUGUACCAGCAAGUUUACAGGCAAAGAUUGGAGACACUACAGAAAUCAACAUCCUUUUCUAUCCUUAUGAUAAACAGAAUAACGCAAGCAUUACCAUUGUUGACAUUGAUAAUCGACUACGUCCACGUCUUUUAACGGCUACGACCAAUUUUACCAAUACGACUGAUCUGGAUACGGCCAGCGUCUGGAAGAAUAGGAUUGAUGCAGAUGUUGUGGAAGGUUAUGGAUUGAGUCUCAAGUUGUUGAAUGUGAAUUAUGAAGAUAAUGGUAGAUAUGAGGUGACCAUCAAAACAAAUUCCAAUCAAACCCAUCAUUUUCAACUGCUUAUAGAAGCCGUCGCUCCACCAGCUUUCGUUAGUAUAUCCAUACCUAAACCUAAAGGUCCAGUUUUUACAGAGUUUGAACCUGUAAAUAUAACCUGUUCUGGAGCAGCAGGUCGACCACUUGGUAGAGUUUAUCUUUCACGUUUAACAAAAGGAUCUAAAGUCUACCAAAUAUUGGAUAUACCACCAGUGAUGCACAACUACACUGCUGUUAAUAACGGAUCCUUCAUGAUCCACUACACCUUUGAAAGAGUUUUACGUGCUGAUGAUGAUCAAGCUAGGUAUGCGUGUGAAAUCCAUCCUGGCAGUGAAUAUUUUGGUUCUGUGUAUUUGACCAGGAGUCCAUUGGAGCUGCUGAAAGUUGAUUAUUGCACCAAGAUCAUUGACUCCCCAUUACAUUCACAAGGAAAGGUAAGGAGAGAGAGUUCGGAAGCAUUGAAGAGAGUUGGUGUGGAGAAUCCUGUAGAACAGGGGAGAAUAUACGCUAUCCCUCCUAUACAUCUAAAUCACUAUAAAACUUUUAAUUAA